CUGUACAUACUGAGACCUGAGAACAAACAUUACUAUCAUAAAAUGCAUAUAUUUGAAAUUAUUUUAAACCGUCAUAUAUAUGUUGAGCAUGAUUUUAAUGGAAAAUAAAUGAUUUUUUUAUAUAAAUCAAAUGUAACAUUGAUAAAUCUAAUUUAUAAACAUGUGGCUUCCGUAUAUUUGGAUUGAUAGUAAGUUAGUUACAAGGUAAAAUUAGAUUAUUACUGCAAGGUAAUAUAUAACUAUGCAAUGAAGUAAUUGAUCAGUUGUAAGCUGAAUAUAAAAUUUGAAAAUCAAAUUUUUAUUCGUCUUGAAAUAACCGUACAAAUCGGAUCCUACAAAAUCAAUGCAACGCGAACCGAUGAAUGAAUUUUAAAGCAAUAGCCUUACUAUAGUACCGUGUCAUUUUACGGCGUUUUUAUUCAAUUCGAUUUUUUUUGAACGAAAGUAUUCAAUGAAAGAUAACCUUGAUUUGCCAUUUAAAUCAACAGAGCCGAUAUGGAGAAACGUUCUCCAGUAUGUUCUUUGAAUUAAACUUCAGCUGUUUGUUGGAACACAGAAUUCUAAAUUCACGAUGGCAUAUCAGCUGUUUGUGAAAAAUAACUCAGAAAUUAAACAAAUCGCAGAUUAAUUGGUAGAGCUUGAUGAUCGAUUUUAGCAAGAAGUAUACUUUCUGAUAAAGAACUGAACUUUUCAAUUCAGUCACAAAAAUAUUUGUGAAGAAAAAUUGAUCAAGAUUCUGUUGGAUUUCCUAAUACGUGAUAAAAGAUGACUGACAGAAAAACCGUAAUCAAAAACGCUGACAUGUCAGAAGAGAUGCAGCAAGAUGCCGUUGAUUGCGCCGUGCAAGGCAUGGAGAAGUUCAAUGUAGAAAAAGAUAUUGCAGCUUUCAUCAAAAAAGAGUUUGACAAGAAGUACAGUCCAACCUGGCACUGCAUUGUGGGCAGAAACUUCGGCAGCUAUGUCACUCACGAGACGAGGCAUUUCAUCUACUUCUAUCUGGGACAGGUUGCUGUUCUGCUAUUUAAAAGUGGAUAAUAAAAUAUUAAUAUUCAACAAAAUUCUCUGCGAAACAUUUGCUGAAAUGUUUUAGAAAAAAUAAUGAGAUACAUCAAUUCUGGAAAACAAAAAUUGAUAUAAUAUUUGUGUAGAGAAUAGUUGGGGGAGUUGUGCUUGAUGAAAGUCAUCAAUACACAACAAAAACUUUUGUCUUAUCCAAAUACUUGACGUGAACUCUUAGUAUGUGAGAGCUAUGAAUUUCGAUUUGAGUCCUUGAAAUUUUAAUUUUAUCUUCUUGGAUAUUUGAUUUAUUAUCUGAGUUUAAACUUUGAAUAAUUCAAUUCCUAAUUUAUUUUGAUAGUUUACCAACCUUCCUGAAAUGUUGUGAAAGUAAUAAAUCUAGGUUUAAUCCAUGA